UUAGUGCUCUGGCUUCGGGACAUACCGUCUCUGCUCACAUGCCUCGGGUUUUUUGGCAAAUUACAUCUCUCUUUUCUGACCUCCCUACUUUUAACUAUCUUUUCACCCAGGGAGCACGCGUUUGGAAACCGGUUGCAGGUGGAGAGAGGCAAUGUUCGGUUGGCUAAUCACGCUUUCCAAGCUAUCCGGCUCGCUUUCCCCCCACAUUCCCGCACAUAGCUAACUUGAAGCGUUCCUUUCCAUUUGUUGGCUGCACUUAAUGCUGUUUUAGGUCCUGCCUUCUUUUUGGGAACAGCGGUGGGCGGAGAGGAAGGAAGCGUCCUGCAACUACCAAUACUUUCCUCUAGGAGGAGCCGCGCGGCCCAGAAGAGAGUGACACGCACCAACUCCAACUCCUUCGCGGGGAACGCUUCAUCCCAGCUCCUCGGAAUGCCUGGCCCGGACGGCGCUCCGCGCCUCCGCAGCGGCUCUCGAACCCGUCGCCCCGAACUCCCGCUUCCCCUCGCCGCUGCAGCCCGAGUCGCGGGGGCGGCGGGCCGGGCCCGGCGUGACCCCUGGUGAGCGGCUGCAGCCGUUUCCCACCCAUCCCCUCCCGUCCUCCCUUCCCGUUUCACUCCGCCCCCUCCUCCUCCCCAAGCCUGACAGCCCGCGAGCUGCCAAGCAGGGCGCAGCCAUGGGAAGAGGAGGCGGUCUAGGGAGCGGCGGCGGCGGCGGCGGCGGCGGCGGCGGCUGCUGGAGCGGCGGUGGCGGCGGCGGCUGCUGAGCCAAGGCGGCGGCGGGGACUCCGGGCUGGGGCCGCGCAGGCCCGAGGCCCCCGCGCCCUCGGCCCCAGCGCCCUCGGCCCCAGCGCGGAAGCGAACCCGCGCUCUCUAUCCGGAGGCAAGACUCGGAGGUCCUACAGGUAUGGAUCUCUGGCAGGUGCUGUUGACCUUGGCAGUGGCAGGCUCGGGCAAUGCUGUUUCUGGGAGUGAAGCCAUACCAGCGAUCCUUGGCAGAGCAUCCCAGAGUCUGCAAAGAGUUAAUCCGGGCCCAGGGACAAAUUCUUCUGGGAAGCCUAAGUUCACCAAGUGCCGUUCACCUGAACUAGAGACUUUUUCAUGCCACUGGACCGAUGGGGUUAAUCAUGGUUUGAAGAACCCAGGAUCCAUACAGCUGUUCUAUAUUAGAAGGAGCACUCAAGAAUGGACUCAAGAAUGGAAAGAAUGCCCCGAUUAUGUCUCUGCUGGAGAAAACAGCUGCUACUUUAAUUCAUCUUAUACCUCCAUUUGGAUUCCCUACUGUAUCAAGCUAACCAGCAAUGGUGGUACGGUGGAUCAAAAGUGUUUCUCUGUUGAGGAAAUAGUGCAACCGGAUCCACCCAUCGGCCUCAACUGGACUUUACUGAACGUCAGUUUAACGGGGAUUCAUGCAGAUAUCCAAGUGAGAUGGGAACCACCACCCAAUGCAGAUGUUCGGAAGGGAUGGAUAGUCCUGGAGUAUGAGCUGCAGUACAAAGAAGUAAACGAGUCCCAGUGGAAAAUGAUGGACCCUGUACUGUCAACAUCAGUUCCCGUUUACUCGUUGAGGCUGGAUAAAGAAUAUGAAGUGCGUGUGAGAUCCAGACAACGAAAUUCUGAAAAGUACGGCGAGUUCAGUGAGGCGCUCUAUGUAGCACUUCCUCAGAUGAGCCCAUUUGCAUGUGAAGAAGAUUUCCAGUUUCCAUGGUUCUUAAUUAUUAUCUUUGGAAUAUUUGGGCUAACGAUGAUAUUAUUUUUAUUCAUAUUUUCUAAACAGCAAAGGAUUAAGAUGCUGAUUCUUCCCCCUGUUCCAGUUCCAAAGAUUAAAGGAAUUGAUCCAGAUCUCCUCAAGGAAGGAAAAUUAGAAGAGGUGAACACAAUCUUAGCCAUUCAUGACAACUAUAAACCUGAAUUCUACAACGAUGACUCUUGGGUUGAAUUCAUUGAGCUGGAUAUUGAUGACCCAGAAGAAAAGACUGAAGGAUCAGACACAGUUAGACUUCUCAACAAUGACCAUGAGAAGUCACUAAACAUCCUUGGGGCAAAGGAUGAUGACUCUGGACGUACCAGCUGUUAUGAACCUGAUCUUCUGGAGACUGACUUCAAUGCCGGUGACGUGUGUGACAGUACUUCAGAGGUUGCACAGCCACAGAGGUUAAAAGGGGAAGUAGAUCUCUUGUGCCUUGACCAGAAUAGUCAAAAUAACUCACCCUCUGCUGAUACUGCCCCUACCACUCAGCAGCCCAGUGUUAUCCUGGCAAAGGAAGACAAACCAAGAUCACGUCUUAUCAGUGGAACUGAGUCAGCUCAUCAAGCUGCCCAUCCUCAGCUGAGCAAUCCGAGUUCACUGGCGAACAUCGACUUUUAUGCCCAGGUAAGCGACAUUACUCCAGCCGGGAGUGUGGUCCUUUCCCCAGGCCAAAAGAAUAAGGCAGGGAUGUCCCCAUGUGACAGUCCUCCGGAAGUGGUCUCACUCUGCCAAGCGAACUUCAUCAUGGACAGUGCCUACUUCUGCGAGGCAGAUGCCAAAAAGUGCAUCACUGUGGCCCCUCACGUCGAGGCUGAAUCACGUGCAGACCCCAGUUUUAACCAGGAAGACAUUUACAUCACCACAGAAAGCCUUACCACUACCGCUGGCCAGUCUGGGACAGCAGAGCAGGCUCCGAGCUCGGAGAGGCCGGUCCCGGACUACACCUCCAUUCACAUCGUGCAAUCUCCGCGGGGCCUCGUGCUCAAUGCCACGGCCUUGCCCUUGCCUGACAAGGAGUUUCUCUCAUCAUGCGGCUACGUGAGCACAGACCAACUGAACAAAAUCAUGCCGUAGCCUUUCUCGGGUUUCCCACAAGGUCCGUAUUUAAUGGUUAAGAGUUGGCUAGGGCAUGAGUGCUUAAACCAAAACAAUGUUUAAAGCUUUCUUGGGAGGGGGGGAUAGGGGAGUGGAUUCUAAAUGCCUUUUCCUGAAAUGUUGAAACAUGAUAUUAAAAAAGAGAAGAAGAAGGCCUAAUGAAAUCGAUAUUCCUAUUGUGAAUUGUAAAUAUUUUUAAAGAACUGUCUCAAAGACUGUUUAGUGGCGGUGAUUGUCUUGUUAAUGUGGGUGUUAAUUUUGUGAUACUAAGCAUAGAAUGGCUGUUUUUAAUGUAUAGUGAAUCAUGCUUUUUGAAAAAGCGAAAAAUCAGGUGGCUUUUGCAGUUCAGGAAAAUGGAAUGCAAAUCAGAGCACAGGCUAAUUUUUUUAAGUGGGAACUAAAAUUAUAGGUAAGAAGGCAAAAAAAAAAUAGUUUGGAUAUGUGAAACAUUUAUUUUGACAUAAAAUUUAUAAAGAUAUUUUUAAUAAUUUACACUUCAAGCAUGGCUAUUUUCUAUCACACGAUACACUGUGUACUGUAGUUCAUGCAGACCCCUGGAAAGAAUGUAGCGACUACAGUCGAAAGCUAGUUUACUGCUUUGGUCAGUACACCUAAAGAAAAACAAAUAAACAAGUUAGUUUUUUACCAGGCCCUUUUUAUACCUCCCCAAGACCCUUAAACAGUUCUGAAAUUAUUGUAGUUACCUGCAUUACUGGAACAGGCUCAUCUUAUUUAAAUUUUUUUAAAACUAUUUGUUAGUAGAGAAAACUUAAAGACAGAGGCACCAGCCAAACCAAAACAGGCAGACAAAAAAACUCUUUCUUGCCCAAAUUUUGGUUCCUGUCAGAAAGCUCCAUACUAGGAGAAGUGGGAAGGUAAGCCAGGCCCUCGGGCCAGGCUGCUUGGGUGCUCCGGCUGCACGUGGAGGGAGUUUUGGGGGCGGACAGAUCAUGAAGGGUAGGCCCCAGAACCUCUAUUGUAGCAUCUCUUCAGACAGGACUUGAUUUUGUUACAUGGUUACGGAAGAAGGGAAUAAAGUACAAGACGCAUUUUGUAAGUUGAAGCAGGUGGAUGCGAAGUUAAACCAGAUCAUGGAAUAAAAAUUUCGAGAAAGAAGUUUUUGUUUCACAGCCAAUAGCCAGACAUAGACCCGCUCUUCCUGGUAACAAGAAACAGACGGAACGAGAUUUUAAAUCCCCACUGAGAAGUCAGAAAUUUCUUAAACCCGUAGCGGAAACUUUCUUCCUCACCAAACCCUUUCUUGGGUUUAUUUGAAGUAGCAAACAAAGAAGUUUCCUCAUUUUUUAUUUCCCCUCUGAGUGGCUUGGCCUCAAAGCGGGUAGUCAGAAGGAAAAGAAGGGGCCUGAAGUAAGGUAUAAAUUAUUGUUCAGUCCCUUAGUAAUCUCAGCACCAUUUGUAGGAGCUUCGGGAUCGCUCCCCAAAAGGUUUGUCAAAGGAGAAGAAUCUCAUCUCACUGAAGAAUGCUUCUCACUUUAAGUUUGGUUUUGUUUCCUUUUUUUUUUUUUUUUUUUUUUACAUUUAAUGAAACUUUAAAGUUAGCUGUAACUUAAAUAGUAUAUGCCAUUUAGCUCAGACCUUUUUAGGAAACAGGCUUAAUGGUUGGUAAUUUUAAAUUCCCUCUUUCUUGCAGGAAGGACAGUGAAAAGCUAGAACUGGGUGUUCCAAGUUCAACAUGUUACUUUGUAAUAGGUGUUUAAUAGGUUUUCUGCUACCUUGCUGCUAUGGUUUUCUCUAAGAGCUACGUAAUUUAGUAAUUUAGUUUCGUAUACAAUUUCAUCGGUGUAGAACCUAAUUCAACUUAAAACUGUGUGCUUGGGAGAACUAUCUUACUAUUUCACAGUAGGCUGACAACAAUUUCUAUAGCCAAAAAUAGCUAAAUACCUCAAUCAGUCUCAGAAUGUCAUUUUGGUACUUUGCUGGCCACACAAGCCAUUAUUCACUAGUAUGACUAGUUGUGUCCUGCAGUUUAUAUUUAACUUUCCUUAUGUCUGUGGAUUUUUUUUCCUUCAAAGUUUAAUAAAUUUAUUUUCUUGGA